ACUACCAUGGGUUGCGGGCUAAACAAGCUGGAAAAGCAUGAUGAAAAACGACCUGGUAACAUCUACUCAACUCUGAAGAGGCCUCAAGUAGAAACAAAAAUAGAUAUUUUCUAUGAAUAUCAUUUCCUGGAAUUUACAACUCUAACUGAUGCUGAACUACCAGGAUCAUCAGCAAUCAGGCUUUCUUCUUUGCGUGAUCUUCCAGCUCAGCUGCAAGAAUUGUACCAGCAGGGCUUCAUCUUGGCUGCUGUCCAUCCCUUUGUGCAGCCAACUAAUGAGAAUGAAAAGACUCCCCAGGAACAAAUCUUCAGGGCUGUACUGAUCAAGAAAACAGAAAGAUCCUUGAAAAAAGAUGUUAUCAGCAGUGGGAAUACUUUAGAGAUAGAAAGUUGCUUCUCUUCAGAUCAUCUUCCAGAUAAAUCAAAGAUGCCUGAUCUUAUUAAGAAAAUUCAAGAUGCAGCAAGUCGGGGCUUGAGGUUUGUUGGAAUCAUACCUCAGUAUGAUUUCCAGAUGAACUCCAAGAGCAACAGUGCUGUAACAUCUGCCAGCAACAGCUCCAGAGAGUUAAAAGGUGGCAAAAAUCCAUCAGAGUUUCCUGAUGAUUGUGCUUCACCGGAUCAUGACAAAGCAAACUACACUAAUGGAUGCCACGUUCAAGAAGUAAGGGGGGAAGAUGAUGAACAGUGUGUAGACCUCAAUGAGGAUCCAGGAGAUGAAGGGCAGAUUGCUGAACAUCUCAGUUUAAGCUCAGUUGGAAAAAAUAGAGGCCAUCUUCAAGAAACAGAGAUCUUCGCUGUCUUCAACAAACCCAAAACUUCUCAGAGAUCAGUGCAGUAUUAUUCUGUUACAAUUCCUGUGAGAAUCAUCAGUAAUGGGCAAAGCAUUUGCAGCUUAGAAGCCAAUUGGCUGGAGCACAUGACGGACCACUUCCGGAAAGGGAGCAUAUUGGUGAACGCAAUCUUCAGUCUUGGAAUUAUGAAUGAUUCCUUCCAGGGCAUGGCAGAUGGACUGUUUGUCUUUGAAGAUCUUUCUAUGGAUGACAGCAAAAAUACACAAGGCUAUGAUGCUAUUGUUGUAGAGCAGUGGACAGUCCUGGAAGGGGCUCGAGUGCAAGCAGAUUAUAUCCCUCUGUUGAAUUCUCUUGCUGUGUAUGGCUGGCAGCUGACUUGUGUGCUUCCCACUCCAGUUGUAAAGACAAACAGGGAUGGGAAUUUAGCCACUAAGCAGAUUGUCUUUCUUCAGCGACCCUUGUUGCCCCAGAAAACCAAAAAGAAACAACCUAAGUUUCACUGGAGAUUCUCCAAAGAGGGCAGACACCACAAGCGAGUCAAGAAAUCCCUGAAGGCAAGACUAAGUGCCAGAGAGAAGCAACAGACAGAAGAGUCCGAAAUUAUAGAAAAUGUAAGGAAUUCAGAAACUCCAUUCUCUACAAUUGAAAGUGGUUUGCACUUUCCAGUAAUCUCAGAUCAGCAGUUGGCUGGUUUUGAAGAUGGAAGAACCGAAGGCCUUGGAUGUAGAGAGGUGCCUGCCCACAACAAUCAAGUGUCGGUAGAAAAAUGGGAUGCUGGUCAUGACGCUGACCAAGGCACAAGAGGUUUGUGUAUGGAUCAGGGAAGCAUCCAGGAAAACUCUGAGGGCCAAAUGUUCCAAGAGCAUUGCACUGCAGCAGACAAUGAGCCGACAGAAACCAAUUUUGAGCCCGAGUGUGAGUUUGACUGAGAGAGGCAAUGUUUUUGCCAAAGUAAAAAAACUAAACAAAAAACAAACUCACUUUGAUGAUCAGUGUUGAACAUGAUUGCUUAACAAACUUAAUUUGUCACCAUUGGGUUUCUACAGGUAUACAGUGGAAAUGUUACUACUGCUACAUUUUCAACUUGGCGAUGUAUGCAAACUUUUUCAUGCUUUUCUCGCUAUCCAAGAAAACCCAUGGCUAUUUAAUCUGUGUUGAGCUGCUUUUUAAACCAAACAAAAACCAGUAUGUCCUGUAUUUAAUUUUUUAAAAAAAAUAUCAACAUUUAAUUGAUGUGUGCCAUAUUUUUAUUUAGUUUUGUCACAUGGGAUUCAGGAUAUAAGGACAAAAUGUUAAGGCAUUAGUUAUAUUUGUCUUAAACACAUCCGUUUAUCUUGACUAUGGAACUACGAAUCUCCUGCAAAAAUUCUGAAGCAAUAACGAAGCCAUGUGUUUUAUCUGAGAAAUUGCUAGUGGCAGAGAAUAAGCAAUGAUUUUUUUUAUUAACUUAAGAAUCUAAUUCAUACCCAGUGUAUCCAAUUACCAUUUAGGUUACUAAUAAAGAUCUCACAUACAUGAUCAUAAAUCAAAGUGCACAUAAAAAGAUCUGGUUAUUUUAUAUACAUUUCAUAAACGAUUGGAUGCUUGUCAUCUGCUUCCAUUGAACGCUAAAUGAGUGACUCCUUACUGAGAAUAUUCCAUAGGAAAGUAAAUAUUAGGUGAGUGGAAGGCUCAUAUUUUCAGGCAUAUUCGCUUUUACAAUAAAUGUGAGUAAUUUUAAUUUCUUAAUCUCUGAAAUAUAUUCAAAUUCUUAACCAUCAGUUUUCAUGUAUGUAUUGUAGUUCUUUUUAUCACUGAGUAAACCUAACUGGGUCCACAUUUGGACAGUGUUUAGAACUUGUUAAUGUUUUGAAAAUGCCUUCUGUCCUUGCACAAUUGAAAUGUGGGAGCCUAUAAACAAUAUAGCUUCUUUUCCCUAUUGGGUGAUAUAUGUUUGACAGUUCCCAUUAGUUUCUCUGUAAAGUAUUUUGACUCAAUAAAAUGUGGUCUCUAGGUACA